AUGCAUCCUCUAGUGGUCGUACGUUUAUUUUGGCUCCUCCCUCUCGCUCUGACGCUGGAUGCCCAUUCGCCACUGGACUGCAUUCCGCGUAAAACGGUACCCUAUCAUAGUAAGUACUGCUCUUGCAUUUAAGUGCGUCAAUCAGUAUUUAUUCACUGCUUCUGUCUAUACUGUUUGUGUAACUCAGGUGAAUAUAUCUACAUAUUAUAGUGUCAUUUGGAUUAGGGGCAGGUAUAAUUUUAUGUCGCUGUAAUAUGUGUCAAAAAGAGUUCUCAUAACUAUCAUCCGGUGUAACUGCAGGUGUCUUUGUGAGUAACUAUUGGUGUCACUCUGUAUCAUUCAAUGUCACUCAUUCUGCUGUACUAGGAGAGAAUGGUCGUCUGUUCCGUGAGGAGGGGGUGUGGAACUACUCCACCAUGCUGCUGAGAGAGGACCUGGGUCUGUUGCUGCUGGGAGCCAGAGAGAACAUCUACGCCCUGGACAUCAACGACAUCUCCAACAGGAAAUCCUCCGUAAGAACACUGAAGUAUUCCAGUUUAAUAGCGGGUUGCUUUGGCACUUAUACUGACGGCUAUGAAAUGAUGUCUUGGAAGACUCAUGUCUCAUGUUCAACAAGCUUUAGUGUUCAUCUUCCAACUUUAUCUUCCACCUCUUUUUCAGGUAAGUUGGAAAGUGACAGAGAAGCAGCAGAAGGAGUGCAGCUACAAAGGAAAAGAUCAGGUAGGUCCAGACCAGUCAGUGAACUGAUGCUUUCUCUGCACAUUUCAUUGUCCUUUCCUAUUUCAUUUGUAUUUAAAUAUGUGCAUUCUAUACAAACAGCUAAAUAACUAGAUACUGUGUUACAGAUAGAGUGCCAGAACUACAUCAGGGUCCUGCAUACGAUGGAGGAUGAUAGGAUGUAUGUGUGUGGGACCAAUGCCUUCAACCCAGAGUGUGACUACAUGGUGAGUCAAUGGAAACACAACACUCAUUCUGAUCAACUCCGGUCAUAACCUGUAAUAGUAGCUAUAAAAUCCACAACAUAAUUCACAAGUGUACCUCUCAUCUGUCUGUCCUUGCAGUCGUACAAAGAUGGAGAGUUGACCUUGGAAAAGAAGAAAGAGGAUGGCAAAGGGAAGUGUCCCUUCGAUCCAUUCCAGAGAUACUCUUCUAUCAUGAUCGGUGAGUAACUACUCUGGAAUUCUGUCAGGAAUCUGGGAAUAUCAAUCUCCUUUAAAUCAGAAAAGGCUAGCAUUAGUGAUGCAGGUUUGAUAUCCCUGAUUUGAUGGCUUGUUUGAGUUGAACCCUCUUUACCCACAAUGCUCUCAGGUGAGGACCUGUACUCAGGUCAUGUCUAGAUGGGAUACAGCUUUUGUCAAAUUGACAUCAAAAGUGUUUUAGUUGUUUUAGCUAAUCCUAACCCUUUUCCUAAACUUAACCUACUCCUCCUAACCUGCUGUGUUAAUUCUUCUUACCUGCUGCGUAAGUUCUCCCAACCUGCUACGGAAAGUCAAUUUUUGACAAAAGCUGUAUCCCUUCUAGACAAAACCCUCUACUCAGCCACCUCAAUGAACUUCCUGGGUUCUGAGCCUGUGGUGAUGCGCAGCUCUCCCUCCUCAAUACGCACUGAGUUCAAGAGCUCCUGGCUACACGGUGAGACAGUCUUCUUUCAACUCUCUUUACUUUGUUAAUCAACAAGAGGAUACGUCUUUAUAGCCUGGUCCUCAAUCUGUUUGUGCUGUCUUGCCAACUCUUAUAAUGGAAACAUAACAGGAGUUGGCAAGACAGCACAAACAGAUCUGAGAACAGGCUAGUCUUUAGGCUGAUAUCUUCUAAAAUUUUCUUUCUCAGAGCCCAACUUCAUCUCCAUGGCCCAGAUGCCAGAGAGUAAGAGCAGCUCAACAGGUGAUGAUGACAAGGUCUACCUGUUCUUCAGUGAGACCGCUGUGGAGUAUGACUUCUACAGCAAACUGGUGGUGUCCCGCGUAGCACGUGUCUGCAAGGUGUGUGUGUUUGUGUGUAUCCCACGGUGGCAUUGAGAAUUACUUCUCUCCUUAAGGUGUCUUUGGGUGCUUGUAUUCGAUAAAGAUAGACAAUAAGGGUAUAAUGGCUGCUUCAUGUAAAGCUAAGUCUCACUCUGUCUCUGUGUCUCAGGGGGACCUUGGGGGCCAGAGGACCCUGCAGAAGAAGUGGACGUCGUUUCUAAAGGCCCGUGUGGACUGUCCUGUUCUGGAGUCCCAGCUACCCUACAUCAUACAGGACACCUACCGCUGGUGUGAGGAGGGGGACUGGAGAAGCUGUGUGUUCUACGCUGUAUUCACAUCACAGUCGUAAGGUCAACUCUGAACUGUGUGUAUGAGUGGGUGUGUUUUUGCGUAUGUGAGCACCACGACUGACUGAACUGUAUGUUUUAGUUUGUGUGUGUGUGUGUCUCUCUAAUGCUCAGUGUGGUUGUGUUCCAGGGACAGGGCGGACCUCUCUGCAGUGUGUGCGUACAGGGUGUUGGACAUCGGCAGGGUGUUCUCCGAGGGGAAGUACAAGACCCCGGUAACCGUGGAAACGUCCUUUGUGAAGUGGGUGAUGUACAGCGGUGAUGUCCCCUCCCCCAGACCUGGAGCUGUGAGUCAGACUGACUCUGGUUAUUUUCCUUUUGUCUCUGAUUUUAUUCUACUUCUCUCUGUAUCCUUUCCUGUACCUUAACGUUUCUUUCAUUCUGCUUUUUAUUUGUAGUCUAUCCCUACAGAUUAUCUGUAGAUGUUCAACAGACUAACCAAACCAUGAAAUGUGUCCGUUUUCUGAUAAGUUGUACGUUCUUCCAGACUUUAAUAAACUCUCCCUUUCUCCUCUCUCCUUCUCUCUCUCCUCUGCUCUCCUCCUCCUCCUCUUCCUAUUCUCCUCCUCCUCUCCCCCUAACCCUACCUCUCCUCUCCCUCCUAUCCCACUCCCCUUCCCAGUGUAUAAAUGACGAUGCUCGUAACCAGGGCAUCACUCAAACUCUGGACCUGCCAGACCGGACCCUGCAGUUCAUUAGAGACCGGCCCCUCAUGGACCAGGCUGUUCUGCCCAUGGGAGAGCGCCCCUUGCUGGUCAGGAGAGGCACUGCCUUCACACGCAUCGUAGUACACAGAACACAGGCCCUGGAUGGGAAGAAAUACCAUGUCAUGUUCAUAGGCACAGGUGUGUGUGUUUCAUAACUCUGAACGGCUGUGUAUAGCUUAGUUGCCCACAUACAGUAUCAGCACCGAUGUGUGUUUUGUGUCUCAGAGGGUGGCAGUGUGUUGAAAGCGGUUAACUACGAUAAGGAGAUGUUCAUCAUCGAGGAAGUGCAGCUCUUCCAGCCCCGUGAGCCAAUCAAAGUCCUCCGUUUCUCCAACACAACGGUAACGUAAAGCUCUAUUUCCUGUCCGUCGGCAGAUUAAAUAUGGCGGUGUAAAGGGUGUGUGUAACAUGUUGUGUGUGUUUCUGUGUGUGUGUGUGUGUGUGUAGGGUCAGCUGUACGCAGGCUCUGAGUACGGUGCUGUUCAGAUGCCGUUUAGUAGCUGUGGUCGUUCUGGCGCCUGUGUGGACUGUGUCCUGGCCAGAGACCCUUACUGUGUCUGGGACAGAACUACAGCCCAAUGUAUCACCCUGUCUACAGCUAACGCAGACAGGUAGGAUGCUGCACAAACUAAUUGCACUUUCCCCUUUGAUUUUAACCCAUAUGGAAGAACAGAGAUCUGAUGUACUGUUGGUUAACUCUGUCCAUGAACCCUUCCCGUUUCUGUCUCAGUGAACUGAUCCAAAGUUUAUGGGCUGGAGACUUCUCUCUCUGCCCCGCCUCAGGUGAGUGUGUGUCUCGAGGGUGUAUUCUAUAUUUUCUGUGUGUGUGUUUUCUAACCAAUACAUUAUCUUCCAGACCCUGUGAAGCCUGUUAAUCAGACUGUGUGGCUAGGUGGCAACCUGAAGCUCCAGUGCCCCCCCACUUCCAACCUGGCAGAGACCCACUGGGAGCGAGACGCCCAGCCCCUGCCCUCCUCGCCCCGCCACCAGAUCCUCCGAGACAGCCUCCUUAUCCUCAACGCCUCUGCCUCUGACACUGGCCGUUACCGCUGUCUGGCCCUGGAGCGUUCCCACAGUGGGAAGUACACCACCACUGUGGCUGAGUACCAGCUUAGAGUAGGCCCAGAAGGGCUCCCACGCAGACCUGAAGCCCGGACCGAGGGACCUUCCCUGGCCGCGCUGCAGGUGUCAGUGGCCUUCCUGGUGAUUCUCCUGGCUGUCCUGCUGGGGUGGAACCUGUACAAGGGACAUCUGCCCCUGCCUGGGCCCUGUGGGAGAGUGAAGGGAGCAGGGAGAGGGCAGAACCAAGGAGCUCCAGAGGAGGGGGCUGCUCGCAUUGCCGUGGCCCACCUAGAGGUCUCAGAGCCUGGGGAGGCGGAGAGCAAGGCCCUGGUGUCUGGAGAAGGAAACUGCACCAGUAAUAACCACUACUCUACUGGGGAGGUGACGUUAGGAGGGGGUGAGGAGGGGGAGAGUGAAGCCAGAGUUACUUUCCCCUCAUUGCAGUUCAUUGAUGAUGAAUCAGAGAAAUGACCCUACCUCCAAUGGUAUUUCAGUAUGCUUCAUAUUUUGACUGUAUGCAGUCAGUAUUCAAUGGGACUAAACAGUAUGCAACAGGUAAACUGUGACUAGAUCGGACCAACACACCAGCAAUGUUCUGUACAAAGUGGUUGGAAGAGAACUGUUGUGUUUGUGAAGCUAUGGUCGCGUUCCUCUGCUCAGACAUUGCAUGCAUCAA